AUGUACGACCUCAACACUGAGAGGAGAAGGUGGGAGCAAGGUUUCUUCAAGGGAGUUGCCUCGCCGACGCUGACUGUUGGAGCGAUGAAUGCUGUUCUCUUCCUCUCGUAUGAGACCACCUGUAAGUGGAUGAGAAGCAGGCAUGGGGCUGAAGAGCUGAGUCUCAAAGAGAUUUUUGCUGCUGGGGUUGCAGCUGGGGUGAAGUGCAUCGCACAGCUGGACGUGAAGAGCAAGGGGCAUGUAGUAGAGGAGCUGCGAAUCAUUAAGAGGAUGGUGAGGGAGCAUGGAGUCUUGGGCAAGCAUGGUCCCACUCGCGGCCUGCUCAUGACCAUGGUGCGGGAUGCGCCGUCCUUUGGCCUCUACUUUGUCAUCUACGAGGAUAUCUGCCGCAGGUGA